AUGUCGGCGGUUGAUCUCUCGGCCGGCGGCGGGUUCGCCCAGGUGGCGCGGGCCUUCGUCGACAUCCAGGCUCAAGAGUUCCUGCCGAUCCUGCCGGCGGCGGGGGUGCACGACCUCCGAGGCGCCCUGGACAACACCGGCGCACUGCUCCUGGCCGGCGUGCCAGAGGAGGUGCUCCUUAGGCUGGGGGCGUGGCGCCCGGCCCCGGAGAGCUCAAGUCGAGCCCGGGCGCCCAGCCCGGCGGAGAGCAGGCUGGCCCUCCCGCCAGGCGAGCAAGGCAUUCGACCGGCAGCGCCCGGUGACCCGGAGCCGGCCCAGGCGCAGCCGGUCAGGGCUGACAUCCCGGCGGCCUUGCCAGAGCUCCAGGCGGAGUCGCUGGCGGACCUCGACGGCGCCAUCAUGGCGCGCUCCUCUGAGGGACCCUUCCGGUCCAGGGUCCGGACCUGGGUGGACUUCACGGCGGCCUGGGCCCUGCCGGCGUGGCCGAUCUCCCUGGACUCCGUCAGGAAGGUCGCGGCGAGCAUGCGGAAGGGCAGGUACCGCUCGGCGCAGAACUACUUCGACGCGGCGGUGACCUACCAGGAACACUUCCGCGGCGAGCUGGUGGACCCGCUAGUCCGGCGGGCCAUCCGGCGUUACGCCAAGGCGGUGGUACGUGGCCUUGCGGGGUCCAAGCUCAAGGCGAUCUUCCCGGCCAUGCGGCUGGAGCCGCUGCUGGAUCCCUCGCCGGCGUCCGCCGCGGAGCCUUGGGCCCCAUGGAAGGCGGCGCACUCGGCGGACGCCCUCCUCCUGGCGGUGUGGUUCAUGCUGCGUGAAAUCGAAUUCGCGGCGGCCCGCACCGAGGACAUGGAAGCCGGCGAGGACUGGGUCCUUCUUCGGAUCCCCCUGCACAAGACGGCGCAGGGUGGCGAGAGAGAGCUAACGGCGCGGCAGCUCCGUUGCGCUUGCGGCAUCCAGUCCCGGCCGAUGUGCCCGGCACACGCUGCGCUGCGCCACGUGUCCCGGCUGAAAGCGGCCGGCCUCUGGGUCCGAGGCGGGCCCUUGUUCCCGGACGCGGCGGGCAACACCUGGGCCAAAGGCGAGACCGUCCUGCUCUUCCGGCGGGUGUUGCUGGCCGCCGGCGUGGCCCUCACCACGGUCGACCACGAGGGCCAGAUCGUGCAGCUGUUCGCCGGCCACUCGGCGAGGGUCGCCGGCGCGGCCUGGCUGGCGUCCAAGGGAGUGCCGACGGCGAUCAUCCAGUUGUUGGGCCGCUGGUCCUCCACGGCGGUGGAGCGCUAUGUUCAGGCGGCCCCGCUCGCGGUGGCCCCGGAGAUCCCCGGCCGAGUCUUGGCUGGGAGUUACGGCGGCACGCAGGCCACCGAUGAGGCUCGGCGAGCCACGGCUGGAGGAGUGGCGCCCAGCCCUCAGGCCCCUGACCCCCCGGCGCAGAUAGAAUCGCCGGGGGAGCCGGAUGACCAGGCAGAGUUCUCCCCGGCGGUUCUGCUGGUGGACGCCCCGCCUAGGGGGCCGGCGCCCGGUGGUGUCGAACACCCGCCGGCGCGGGAGGACCUCAUCUACAAUGAGAAGGGGGCUAAGGUGCACCGGCCUGACCCGGCGGAAGCUACCACGGAGCAGUUCCUCUGGAGGUCUAGGUGCGGCGCUUGGCCGUAUGGCAUCCGGCGCUUCUUCCGAGUGUCCGAGAAGCCGGCGUCCGCCGCUUGGUGUGCCCGCUGUUUCCCGGCGCCGGCUCCGGGGGAAGGUGGAGGUUCACCGACCGAGCCGGUGGACUCACCGGCGGUCCUUAGUGAGCGGCUGUGGUGUGCCUCUCUUGCUGGCGGUCUUCCUUCCUCGGCUGCUGCGGCUAUCAUGGCGGCUCCGGGCGUCCCUUCGGCUCCUGCGGCUCCCGCGGCGCCCCCGGCCGCGCCUGCGCUGGCGGCGACCAUCAUGACGCCGUUCGCGGAUCUGGCGGCGGCGGCGGGGGCCGGCCCUCAGCUCACGGCCUACCUGGCGGCCCGCAACCUGAACCGCACGGCGACGCUGGCCCUCAUCGCCCACUCCUGGCCGGAGUUUGAGGACCGCGUCGUCCGGCCUUUCCUGGACGGGGUGGACAUUGCCGGCACUGUGCACCAGGCGCCGGAGGCGGAGUACACGGCGGUCGGCUUGGGUGAGAUCUUGCAGCGGCGCACCUUCACGGCGGCCAUGGAGGUGAAUCCGCUGGCGAUCCGGCGCCACAAGGAGAGGGGCCAGGCGAUCCGGCUGGUGGACGGCGCACUGGUCCAUGACCGGGAGGACCCCUGGACCCCGAGGGGGGUCCUCGGCGUCAUCGACGGCAUCGAGGCGGUGCGCUGGGCUUGGACCCUCACCGGCGUGGCCACAGAGAAGGGGGCGGCGGAGUACGCCCAGUGGUGGACGUCGAAGGCCCGGCAGCGCCCGUCCCAGCUCGAGGCGAUCACGGAGUACUGGGACGCGUCCUCCCGGCGCUUGGCCAUGCAAAUGCGCCUUCGCCGGACGUUCGAGGAGGUCACGGCGGAGAUCAUGAAGGACCAGGCGGCGUUCCUGGAUGUCCUCUCCCGCCCACGGCCCCCGGCGAGGAACAAGGUCAGCGAGGGCUCCAACCCGCCGGACCCGGAGACGGACGGCCCGCCAGGCGCCGCGGCGCACCAGGGUUACCAGCCCGGGCCCGCGCCACAGAAGGUGAAGAAGAACAGGCGGCGCCGCAACAACCCCCGCCAGGCGCAACAGCAGCACCAGCACCGCGGCGACGAGGGUGGCUCGGACAGCCGCGGUGGCGGCGGCGGUGGCUGGCGGCAGAACUGGCGCCCUCGCGGCGACUCCAACCAGCAGCCUGGCCGCCAGGACUGGCAUGACGAUCGGCGAUGGGCCAAUGCCGACCGGGCCCAGUCGUGGCAGGACCGCGGCGGGAAGAGGGACUCCCAGGCGCAGGACGGCGACCGCCCGCAGAAGUACAGGCGCUAG